AUGAGGGCGACUAUUGGCAACUGCUCUGAAAAACAGCAACAAAGGGCAUAUAUCCAUAAAGUCAGAAAUGCUAAAGGGAAAAUGGUACAUACAGCUGAGUAUAUAGCAGACGCGUUCCAAGACUUUUACAGUUCCUUAUAUAACGUACACCAUGAACCACCAGAUACAGUAGAAGUUGCAAAGUACUUGACAAAACACCUUGACUGUCAAAUACUCCAGACCAUCUCCCGUUCAUUAGAAGAACCAUUUUCAGCAGCGGAAUUGGUUAAAGCCAUCCGCAAAACCCCACAACA